AUGGUCAAAGUCGUAUGCGUGCUGUACAAGGGCGGUCCUGCCGCUCAAGAAGAGUCGCGCCUGCUGGGUACGACUGAGAACAAGCUUGGCAUGGAGAAGUAUAUGAAGGACAAUGGGCACACCUUUAUCGUCACGGAUGACAAGGAGGGACCCAACAGUGUGCUCCACAAGGAGAUUGUGGAUGCUGAUGUUGUCAUCACCACUCCUUUCCACCCUGGCUACAUCAACGCUGAGCUGAUCGACAAGGCACCCAAGCUCAAGCUCGCCAUCACCGCCGGCGUGGGCUCGGAUCAUGUGGACCUGAACAAGGCAAAUGAGCGCAAGAUCACAGUUGCCGAAGUGACUGGCUCCAAUGUCGUUUCCGUGGCUGAGCACGUCGUCAUGUCCAUUCUUCUACUUGUCCGCAACUACAAUGUCGGUCACGCCCAAGUGUACAGGAACAAGGAGUGGUACGUUGCAGACAUUGCCAAGAAUGCCUUUGAUUUGGAAGGCUUGACUGUCGGUACGAUCGGAGCUGGACGUAUCGGAUUCCGAGUGCUUCAACGUCUCAAACCUUUCGACUGCAAAGAGCUCCUCUACUUCGACUACCAAAACCUCCCAUCUGAUGCGGAGAAAGAGGUGGGAGCUAGACGCGUUCAAGACCUCGACGACUUUUUGAGCCAGUGCGACGUGGUCACCAUCAAUGCUCCUUUGCACGAGGGCACAAAAGGUCUCAUGAACAAGGAGAAGCUCUCAAAGAUGCGCAAGGGCUCUUGGUUGGUCAACACUGCUCGUGGUGCCAUUUGCGUGGCAGACGACGUUGCAGACGCCGUCAACAGCGGACACUUGCGCGGAUAUGCCGGCGACGUGUGGGACAAGCAACCGGCUCGUGAGGACCACCCUUGGCGCACUAUGCAAGGACCCGGCGGUCCAUCCGGCAGCUCCUACGGUAACGGAAUGGUGCCUCACUACAGCGGAACGACAAUCUCUGCGCAAAAGAGGUACGCUGAAGGCGCGUUGGAAAUCUUUGACAACUGGAUCAAUGGCAAGAUCCAGACUCCUGCCAACAUCAUCGUGGAGAAUGGAGAGUACGCUUCAAAGGCUUACGGUCAGGGACGUGGAAAGUGA